AUGACUGAAUCAAAGCCAGCAGGCAAAAAGAUGAUGAACCUCCUUUCAUAAAUUGGAACGAAACUAACAGAUGAAGCAUAGCACAUGAUAAUAGAGGCAUGCGAAGUUUUGAUAAAAGAUUUGAAUUCUGAAAUCGAUAAACAGAGAAGAGAAUACACAGAGAAUAUCAAGUUCAGACUCUCAUCCGAGAGUGGUCUUGAUGUGUAAAAGAGAGACAUUGAAAAGAUAAAGCAAAGAAUUGAAAACACUCAGGAAUUAAUUGAGAAAAAGAAGAGAAACCCUGAGAAAGUGAAGCAGAUUGAAAACUUAGGCAAAGAAAAAUCAUAAAAAGACUCAGAGCUCAAAGCUAAAGAAGAAGUGCUUAAGCCUCUUAGAGAAGAGCUGAAUAAGGUUAAAGCAAAGAAUAUCAUCGAUGAGAGAUUAAAUGCUGAAUUACAUGAAAAGUGGAACAAACAUGUCUAAGAUUUGGAAGACAAGGAAAGUCUUGAUUAAAGGAUAGCACAAGCAAAGGAGUCUAUAGAAAACCUAAAAAAGAAUAUUGACAAGCUAACUAGACUCAGAGACAAAUUAGCUAACAGGGACGGUGAGAAAGAGAUUUUGAGGUUGCAGGCACUAACCACAAAUCUUAUGAGAAACAAUAUCUUGGCAAGAAACACAAAAGAACUUGCCAAUAAUUGCUUAAACGCUGGUCUUGGAUUGAAAGCUAUACUUGAUGAUUGUGAUAAGCUCCUAGCAAGAAACAAUCUUAUUGCAGAUAAGCUUCCAAUCACUCUUGGAAUCAAGAGCGAUGAAUAUACUCAGAGCAUUGUGAACUCAUAUAUCAAAUAAGAACAAUUUUUAGUCAGUGAUGAGCAAAUAGAGUUCUCAAAGGCAUCAGUUGCCUUCUUUUUCAGAAUCUUCAUUGUGGAAGUUAAAGUCAACGAGUUAAUUGUUGUGGUCAAAGAUACAGUUGAUGACUUCGAAAAAACAGCUCAAGCCAUCGAAAAGUAAAAUGAGUUAAUGUCUAACCUCAAGGUAGAGGAACUCACUCCUGAAUUAAUCGAAGCUGCUUACAAGUUCAAUACUGAAUUCAGCCAAAAGAAUAUAUUCUUUAGACAGAGGACUAAGGAAUUUUCUGAAAUUUUGCAAGUCCAACAGAUUGGUGUUGAUAGAUUCUAGGAGAAAAUCAGGUCAAAAUGUGCCUCAUAAGUCAAGGAGAGAUAGAGGGUAUCUGAAAUAUUAGCAAAAGAUGGUGUGGCAAGAACUGGUAAGAACACUGCAAUUCUAACUGGAUUUGGUUCUGAGGUAGAUAGAUUGCUUGAAGUGAACUGGCUUUAGCAUAAGCACUAAGAAUUAAGAGAUUUCAAAAAGAAAUAGGAGGGUCUAACUGAUGAAAAUAAUGCACUAAUUGGAAAUUUCUCCAUUCUCAAAGUUAUUCUUGAAAAGGCUAAGGUCAAGCAAGCAGGAGUGGAUAGAUUCGACAUUCAAAAGAUUGCAAAGCUAGUUAAGGAAAUUAACACCUUCCUAGACUCAGCUGAUAAAGAUCACACUAUCUUGAAAGAUGUAGAGAGAAGAAUUAAGGAAUUGCAAUUGGUCUAUGAUAAGUUAAUUGAUGAUAUCUGUGAGGAUAGCAAGAACUUUUUGAAGGAGAACUUUUCUAUGAAAUUCAGAUAAUCUUAAGAUUUGUCUGUUAAAGUUGAGGAUCUAAUGAAUUUCCUUGAUCUAAAGAAAAACGAUCUUUAUAACAUUAAGGGAAACGUUGAUGACAAUGACAAAGAAAUGCAAGCUAAGUUCCUUACUUUUGAGCUAUAGUUAGAUGACGCAAAUCAAGAUGAGGAAUUUGCAAAUGAAAGAUAAAGACAGAUUUAAUCUAAGAUUGAUAGACUUCAAAAGAAUUUCCUAAGAAUGAUUCCUAUUAAGCUCAGAGAUAUAAUUACUUGCAGUGCCAUUCUUGACUCAUUGUCCAGAUUAGACCAUCACAUCAAGAAUACUGAAUAACUUAUUAAGGAUGCUUAUAAAAAAGUUAAGGAUUUUGAUGCUGACUUCAAAGAUCUUGAGGCCUAAAUAAGAGACAAAAGAGUAAAGGAAUGUGAUAAAGCUUUAGGUGUAGCUUUUGGAAAUCUAGAAAAAUUGAUAAAGCUUCUUGAUAGGCUCAACGAAGAUGUUAAUGUUGUGUAAGGUGAUUAAAAGAAGCUUAAAACAAAUAAAUUUGAGGACUAAGAGAAGAAUAGAGACACCACUUAGUUUGGUAGAGAAAUAGAAUCUAAAUAAGAUGACUUGAAUGACCAAUCAAAGAGGAAAGAUGGAUUUAAAAAUCAGCUAGAUCAAUUGAAAGCUGAAUACCAGGAUAAACUUAAGAAAAAUGAUUCAUCAAAUGGCUAAGAAUUCGUUAAGAUUAAACAAGGAGCUGAUAAGCUAAGUAUUGCUAUAUUAGUCCAAAUAAAUUUCUUGGAAGGUCCAAUGACUGAGGAAAUCAACCACUUAAAGGAUAAUAACUAAGCCAUGUAAAAGAAGUACCAAUACAAGAAAGAUAGACACGGAUAAUGCGGCAAACUCAGAGCCAUUAAAACUGAUGAGUUCAAAAACUGGCUUCAAAAAUUGCAUGAUAUGGAGCAAAGAUAAGAAAACUUGGAAAAGGCUAUUAAAGAUAUUGGAUAUACACCAGAAUACGCAAAAUUGUACCUAUCACUUGUAUAGAGAGUGGCUGCAAACAAGUAAAAGACCCUUGAUAUGGAUAAUUAAGUGGCAAACAAUCAGAAAAUCCUUGUAGUGCAAGCUACUGACUUGGAUUACCUUCCUCAGAAAAUUGUAAAGAAUCAGAGACUUGAUGAGAUAUAUACUCUUCUUGAGUAAAUGAAGGUCUCAUUUGAUGGAUUUGAUAAUAUUUUGGACGAUAUCGAUAAGGAAUUGAAGAAGUUGGAGAAGGAUGUGGAAGAUUUUAUGAAUAAACUCAGAGGAUCACAGUAUAAUGAUGUUUUCAACAAGCUUAGAAAGCUAGAGAACAGUCUUGAGAAGUUGAAUGAUAAGUUAAGAGAAGUCGAUAAUGAAAAGGAUGCAUUUAAAGAUGAACUAGAUUCUGUUAAAGGUGAAAUAAAAAAUAAGGAUAGUAUUAAGAAAAAAUUUGAUGAAUUAGUCAAAGAAGCUGAUAGAAUUAAGGACCAAAGAGACGAUAUUUAAAGAAAUGUUGAUCUCUUGAAGACUAAGUUUGAUAAACUUGAUAAGAAAAACCUCUCAGUUUAAGAUUGCGAAUAAAUAAUGCAAGAAGCAGAUAUCCAAGACAAGAAUGCUAAUAAAGAGCUUGGAAAUGCCAUUGAUGUUUUAGAGCAACUAAAAGAUUUAAGACUUAAAUUCAAAGAGCUUUCUAAGGCAGAGUAAGAAAGACAAAAGUUGAUAUCUUAAGCCAAGGACGGAGUUAAAAAUAACAAGGAUUAAAUCAGAGCUAUGAAAUAGGCUAUUCAAUCUAUUAUGGACAAGGCAAAUGAUUUUGAAGUACUGUAUAAGUCAAUGAUUGCCAGUGAAGACUAUGAGCCAAGAAGAGUAAGCAUACAAAAGAAAUUGGCAAAAGUAAAGGCUAUCAAGGAUGAGGUUUAAAAGAUUGCUAAACAGAGAGAGUAAUUAGAGGAGGCAGUUAAUAAAUAUACAGAUGCUUAACUAGAUGCUUUGCAAGAUCUCGUUCAGCUCUAGGCAAUAAUUGAAGAAAAUCAAAAGGUAGCUGAAGACAUCAAGCAGCUAAGUAAUACACUACAAGAUACCAAUAGAAAACUGGAUGAGAGAAGACAAAGAACAUAAGAUGCUGAAAUAAGAAAGCACACUUAGAAGCAUUUAAGAGAUGUAGAUGAACUUAGUAAAUAAAUGGCAUUACAGGCAGAGAUGGUAGAUAGGUUUGAGGAUCAUGUUCAGUCAACAAUUGCAGAUGAGAAAUAAUCAUCAAAGGAUAAGAACAUUUCCCCAGAACUUCAAGCUCUUUAAAAAGUACUUGAGGAGCUUAAGAACAAACUAAAUGACUUCAAAGUCAAAUAUAAUGGUACAGGUAAUGAUAUCAAGAACAUUGCAAAGGAUAUCAAGGAUAAGGACCUUGAAAACACUGAGCCACUACCCAAUAUGGCAGCAAUUAUUGAUAGAUUAUCAAAAGUCUCUGGAGAAUUAAAAUAACUUAAAAUUGAGGCUGAUAAUUUAUAAAAGUAGAUUGAGGCAAAUGCAGGUAAAUUGGGAUCAAUGGAUGUUGACAAAAAGCUGAAGAGAUUACUUGACUUGCUUGUCGAUGCUCAAAAGGUGAAAGAUACUAUGGAUGCCAUUAAGAGAGUUAUUGACCUCACUGAUUCAUACAAUGGAUACACUAGUGAUGAUGACGACGAAGGCUUUUUCAAUAAGAUGAAUGAUAAUUCUAAAAAUCUAAGAGAUGACCUUUAAAAGGAAUUAGCUAGGUUCGAGGAACUUGAAAAAGAUAUCAGACAAAUUAUUGAGGAGCUGGUAUUCGCCAAAGAAAAAAAUGACGGAAAUAUUGACUAGGAGACUUAAGAUAGGAUUAAUAAUACUAUUGAUAAAGUAAAGGGAGUUUACAGAGUAGCAAACGAUAACAAAGAAUCAAUUGAUAAGAAUGCUGUCAAUAAUAAAGAUAAGAUGUCUAGUCAUACCUUAGAGCAGAAAGUACAAAGAAGAAAAAAUGAACUUGAGGAUAUUGACAGAAUAUGCAAUGAAAAUUUAGAAAAGAUAAAUGAAGUCAAAGAACUUAUCGAUAUCGAAGUUGAAAAUGUAUCUAAUGAUGAGAAAUUCUAUGGAAAAUAUGCAAAUGAUCUCAAGGCAAAGCAUGCAGAUUUAGACAAAAUAACCACAAAAAUUGGUAGCAGCCAUAAGUUCUUCAAAAAUAUCUUGGUUGAUAACGAAUAAUUAUCUCAAGAAAUUUAAGCCACAAAUGGUGAGCCUGAGGGAAAGGUUGACAAAAGACUUGAUCACUUUGAUUAACAUCUCAUCAUCAAGAAGAGGCUUAACCAUGCUAAGCAAUAGUAUCCUUAUGAAGGAUUUGGUAGAGAGAUCAGAGAUAUCGAGAAGGAUAUCGAAGAUAUGAUGAAUAAAAAACCAAAGAAAGCUGCUGCCCCUGCUUAUAAGGCAGUUGCAGGAGAUGAUAUUGAUGCUAUGCUCGCAUCAAUGUUGAAUAAUUCUGGUGAGAGCGUUGAACUUAAAAGACUUGGAGGUGGUUUCUAUAUGUUCGGUAACAAAAAGAUCUAUUGUAAACUGAUGAAUGGAAAACUUGUGGUACGUGUUGGAGGAGGCUACGUUGGUAUUGAGGAAUUCAUUAGAAUUUACAUGAAAGAAAAAGCUAAGAAAGUAGGAGAUAAGUACGAAAUCUCAAGAGAAGUUGAUGAGGACGCAAUAAUCAAGCAAGAUAAAAAAUAGAAAGAUAAUUUCAAAGAUCCCAAAGGAAAAAAUGUUGUGGGACUUGGCUCAGUUAGAGCAGGACUUAAGUGA